UCAUCUAUCUGCUUCCGAGCACAGCAGUUGCUCUGUCUCUCUCUCUCCCGAGGGGGGGUUAGUUGAGUCUCCUGCGUCGGCAAGGAGGGAGCGAUGUCGGACGAAAGCAGCAGCAGCACCACCUCCGUGGGUGGUGUGAGCUCUUGGUGGGACUGGAUACCCAGCUGGCUCCUCGACUACGAUGCCUACGAGGAAACGGAAAACGAAGACUUGAGUGCGAUUGGCAUUGUGGCCAUGUACACGUCGGCCAUGUCCAUCCUGUUCUGGCUCUACUGGACCUACAAGCGUUGGAACGACCCCGGGUUCUUUUCUCCCAAGCGAGCGGAGCGGCCGCCCGAUCUGCCGGGCCCUCGGGAAGGCCUGUUCGCGUGGGUGUGGGCCCUGUACCGCAUACCGGAAGAGGAGUUCAUUCGCUUUGCGGGUUUCGACGCCCAGAUCUACGUGCGCAUGUACUCGCUUGCGGGCAAGAUGCUGUCCGUGAUUGCCCUGUACGCCCUCCCGGUGGUGCUUCCGGUUAACUGCCUGGGCCACUUCGAGACAACGGACAACUUGCUCUCCAAGAUGUCCAUGAGCAACGUCGGCGUGGACAGCCCUUGGCUGUGGGUGCACGUGACCGGCAUCUACGUGGUCACCGUGGUCUGCCUGCUGUUCCUCAAGGCCGAGUUCCGCGCCUACAUCCGGCUACGGCAGCGCUACCUACAGCAGCGGAAGCCGCACAUGCGGACCAUCAUGCUCGACGUCCCCGCGGACGCUCGCAGCAACGCUAUCCUCGAGAGCUACUUCGGUUAUCUCUAUCCCGACGCUGUGCUCACGGCCGUCUGCACGCAGGAUCUCCAUGUCUUGCGAGGCCUCCUGCAGAAGCGAUUGUCGGUGCUGACGAAGCUGGAGAGGGCGGAGCUGCAGCGGCGGGCCUCCAAGGAGGGUCGGGAGCCCAAGGUGUGGACGGGCGCCUGCUGCUGUCUGGGGCAGAGGGUGGACGCGGUGACCUACCUUACCGAGGAGCUGAGCUACUACAACACCGAGGUCAGCCGCGAACAGGCGAAGCGUCUGCACCAUCUUCGGAAGAUCGACCAGCGCGCGCUGCGGAUGGCUGCUCAGGGCACGCUGCAGCAGGCGAUCCAGGCGAUCAUGGCGCAAGGUGGAGGACAAAUUCUGGACGAUGAGGAGACCGGGUUGGUUGAGCAGCUUCUCCGGAGAUCUUCCGGUGCGCGAGGCUCGUCCGAAGAUCUCGAGGAGGACGAAGAGGAGGGGAUGAUCGGAAGACCGGGAUUCGUUGGCUCUGGCCAUGGCGGCGGGGGCGGUGCUCGAGGCCGCGGCGGCGGCGGGGGCGGCGGCGGCGGGAGGCUUGACAGGGAAGGCGUCCCUAGGUUAGGGAGCGACCACGGGGGUUCGCUUCCAUACUCAAGGCGGAGGACGGGGUCCAAGACGCUGUUCGAGCAGCACCAGUCUCUGUACAGUGGCACCGGCGACGAUAGCGAUACGGAAGGAACCACCAACCUUGGCUACGGCGACGAUAGGGGGAACGCAGGGGGUAGGGGCCUAAGCGCGCUGCUCUCCUCGGCGUUCGAUGGCAGCAGUGCCCAUAGCGGAGGCGCCGAGUCUAGACCGCUGCUCGGGAGCUCGCAGUCGUCCAUCAGGGUCCGGAAAAUUAACUUCCCGGAGAUGACUCCUCGAGCCUUCGUGACCUUCAAGACUUUCUCAGCCGCCACCGUCGCGCGCCAGGUGUUGCACGGUGCGGCCCCCGGUCGCAUGGCGGCGGAGGAGUCACCCGAGGCUCGAGACAUCUACUGGUUCAACACUCGCGUCACGCAGAACCAGCGGAACCGGCGCCGGAUCCUGGUGGAGGUGUUCUUGGGGGUGCUGUACGUGUUCUACGUGGUCCCGGUGACGCUGCUGUACCUCUUGCUGUCGGAGGACUCGGUCACGUCCUACGCUGAUUGGGUGGCGGAGUUGUACGACAACAACACGAUCUUCGCCGCCUUAGUGCAGCUCCUGCAGCCCGUUGCUCUGCUGGUGCUGAUGAACACGCUGCCCCCUCUGAUCCGGCUGCUGGGGAUGGCCGAGGGAUUCCCGGCGGAGUCGAGAAACCAGCAGGCUGUAUUGAGCCGCUACUUUUAUUUCCAGAUUGUCAACGUGUUUUUGGUGACGACAGUGGCGAACUCCAUCCUGGACACGAUCAGCGAGAUCGUGGAGGAGCCCACGAAGACAUUUACCCUGCUGGGGGAGGCCCUCCCCAAGGUUGCAGGAUUCUUCUGCGAGUACAUCAUCCUCAAGAUGUUUGCGGGCCUGUGGAUCGAGCUGACCCGCAGUAUCUCCCUCAUGCAGGAGUACCUCUUGCGAAUCAUCUGGCCGCGCAAGACGCCCCGAGAUCGCGCGACGGUGGUGAUGGGCAUCCGGCCCUACUUCGACGCGGGGUGGUUCAACUACCCCAAGUACAUCGCUCAGGACCUGUUGGUUGUGGUGAUCUGCUUGACGUACUCUAUCGUGAACCCCUUCAUACUGGUGGUGGGCAUCCCGUACUUCUUCGCGUGCCACCUGGUGUACAAGCACCAGAUGCUCUUCGUGUACGAGCCCAUGUACGAGACGGGCGGAGUGUUCUUCCCCAAGAUUUUCAGGCGGUUCAUUUUCGCUCUCAUCAUCGCGCAGGCGACGAUGGUGGGGAUCCUCAUCCUCAAGGUGGCCUACUACCAGGCGGGGCUGGUGUUUGUGCUGAUGAUCUUGACCUAUAUUGCCAAGUCUUCCCUUCGGGGGUCCUACGAGCCGGCGGCUUUGUCGCUCCCCCUCGAGAUCGCCAAGGUGCUCGACGACGUGGAGCCGGCCAGGCGGCCGGCGCGAGACCACGAGGAUGGGGACGAUGGCGACGCCCGUACGGCCUACCUGCAGCCGAGCCUCAAGGCCGAGCCGUUCGCGAGGCCCGAGCUGGAUCGAGAUCACCAGGCCAACAUCGACUUCGAACGCUUCCGCGGUCGCGUAUGACGUGACGUGAUUGGUCCUCCUUCGGUGCGUGCGGUCGUCUCUGGUAGUGGCGCCGUUUCCCUCGGGAGGUCACUGAAAGUGAGCCGGAGAGGUGCAUCCGCAGCAAUGAUCCGGAAUCGAGGCGACGAACGAACGACGACGCGUUUCACAGGGAAGGCCGAAACCACGCGUGAUUUGGUCCUCCUUUCGUGUGUGCCGUCGUCGUUCAUUACUAUUAUAUUGAUAGGUGUUGUCGACUUCUGGCGGUUCCGCGGCCGUGUGUGAUGAUCCAGCUUCCCGUGUGCCGCUUCUUUACUACGGCUGGCGCUGUGUUGGGGUGCUUUUGGGAGGCGCACGGCGGGUCGGGUGUCUUUUUUUGUUGUGCUUUUCUGUUCCUUUGUAGCAGCGUGUAGUGCUUGACGGUCGACCCUCUCUCCCUACGCCAGAUGAUGAAUUUCGAUCUCGUCACCGCCUCGAAUGGAGGAAUGUGUGCUGACGUCGGCGUUUGGUUUCGUUUGGAGCGGUUGUGAUGAGCGGGUAUCGAUCAUCGUGCCCAGACAAGGGCGGGUGUUGGUGGAGUAGGGGUAGAGCCCAAUGCCAGAUAGUCUCUUUGCAGGCAGGCAUGAUGAUCGCUCCGGUGCCGUCACGCUACAGUAGCCCUGGGGGCACUAUAGACCGGACUCUGGCUAUUGUUUCUUUCGCGGCGAGGGAGAAAAGGCAGCAACCUUCGCAGUUUUUUUGUGUUAAAACAUACAAUUGGGGAGGUUGGAUUAGCGUUAGGGAUAAAAACAUUCGAUCGGGGCGGUUGGGUCAAGUGUCGGGGUUAGGGAAUAAGGUCCACGUCCUCCUUCCCUGUUCUGUUCCUCAUAAACUUAAUAAUAGCACGAAGGCGGUCCAAAAACGGGG